UGUAUAUUUGUGCACAUGUUUCUCCUGGUUUUCAUUUUUGUCUACUGUUACAAUUACAGUUACAAUAAUGAUAUUAGUAUUCUACAUAUCUUUUUUUCACUUCACUAACUAAUGACAGAUGAUAAAAUAUGUCAAAUGGAGUUUGGAAAACUUACGUUUCAAUAAUUUGAGAAGAGGAAAUCUGAAAUAUUCCCCUGUCAGUCACAAUCUUAUCAUCCUGCGGAUUAAAAUGUUAUUCAUUUUUACAAGUUUACACGAUUUCUUGGUGCACAGAGUCGAGACGCUUAGGAUCCGAUUUUCGUCUAAAUGGUGUCUCCCCAACUUUUCAGCGCCUAACCUAGUUAAUAUCAGCAUUCCAGAAACAUACCGUUUUUCUGAUCUUAUUCAGGACCACAAUAAAUUACUGAGUGAAUUACAGGCUGUUUGUUUAUUAACUGAAUCUUCUUUGUUACUUCGUAACGAGAUUUAUAAUCUUUGUAAUAUGGGUCUUCAACUACAAGACUUAUGGAUAGGUGGUAACCUUUUUCUAUACUUGAACUCUGAUAGUUCCACUUUUAAAGUAAAAGUCGAUAUGCUUUCUAAUGAAUUUGAUAGUCAUGUUAAAUUCCUCUCUACAAUGUUAACACGCUCAAUACGUUUGAGUAAUGCUAAACAACUUUUGUAUGUUUCAAGUUGUUUUCAGAUUGCCGCUUCAUUUUCUUCAGAUAUUUUCACUUCAAAAUCAUGUUGUCAGUUGUUUGAUAAAUAAAUAUUCUCCAUACAUAAUCUUGUUUCUUCCUAUUUAAUUUUGUUUUUCUUUUGUCAUAAUGUAAGAUUUCCUUUCAGGUUAUAAAAUGACUUCACCGAUUAAACCUAUCGACAACUUUUUGGUCUCCUCUACACCGCAUCCUCUUCAGAUGAAGAGUAAAAGUGGUGUGAAACGGAGUGAAUCGAGGAGUGUUAAUCUUACACAUGAUAUGAAGACUGAUGGUACAACGUUAAUUCAAGAUAUGGAUAUAUUUCAAUUUAAAGUCAAAGGUGAAGAAAAUGAAAGCUAUAUGACGAAUCUAGAAGAUAUUCGAUGCUUGGAUUGGACGUCUAAACGUGCCAGUUAUUUAUUUGACUUGUUAACACGGCCUCCUUUGCUUUUUUCACCCAGCAUGGGAAUUAGUCUUUCAUUCAAAAAAGAUUCACAAAGAAGUGGUUUACAGCUUUUACCUUUAAACAAGCGUAAUCGUCCAAUUAAUCCCGAUCCAUGUCUACUAUCCAUUGAUGGUCUUUUAGACUGUCUUUUUGUCACAAAUUCAUUGGUUGAUCAAAUAUAUCACGAUUGUAUGGAGAAUGCAGAUGAUCGGGGAUCAGAUGAGUAUGAACAGUCACCCACUAUCUUGGCUGCGAAAUUCUUUCGCAGAAGAGUAAAACCCAUCAUCUCACGGUUAUCAGAACUUCGGCUUAAAUUAUCAGACUUUAAACUUGGCGCAUGUGUUGGUAGAGGAGCGUGUGGCAUUGUUCGCGUAGUGCGCGAAGUGUCACCUCCUCAUUCUGUAUAUGCAAUGAAAUCGCAGUUUAAAGGAGCUUGGCUACAUCAUGACCCGGAGGGAUCUCAGAUACUACUUGAGAGAACUGUGUUAGCUCAAGCAACUGCCAUCGGAAAUCCAUGGCUUCCACACCUUCAUUAUGCAUUUCAAGACGAAAAGUAUUUACACCUCGUCAUGGAUUACGAACCUGGUGGUGACCUAUAUAUAUUUUUAAGCAAAGUUGGUCACUUAUUGGAUGCAAAGAUGGUACAGUUUUAUGCCGCUGAAGCCGUAGAGGCUAUUCAUUCUCUGCAUCGAAUGGGUUACAUUCACUGUGACCUGAAGCCCGAAAAUUUCGCAAUUGAAAGAAGUGGUCAUUUGAAAUUAAUUGAUUUCGGGUCAGCUAUCAGACUUGACGCAGAUGGGAAGUGUAUAUGUCCUACAAUGGUUGGGACAAAAGAAUACUUAAAUAUUGAAUUAUUAAGACAACGGGGACGGCACAAUCAAGAACCAUUACUUGUCGGUCCAGAAUUUGAUUACUGGGCUAUUGGUGUAUUGUUGUAUGAAUUAUUCUACGGUCAAACACCAUUCUACGAUGAAGAUGACGACAAAAUGAUGCAGAAGAUUAUGGACUAUGGGAAAACGCUGAAAUUCCCACCAUCAUCAGAGAUAACAGAAUCAGCCAUUGAUUUGAUUAAAUCAUUGAUUAUUACCCCAUCGAAACGGCUAACUUAUGAAGAUGUUGUUAUGCAUACAUUUUUCAAAGAUGUCGACUUCACAACACUAAGAGAAGUUAUACCUCCGUAUUUACCUCCAGUUGGAGAACUUGAUGAUGUUUCGAAUUUCUCUGGUGGGGGUUCACGUACCCGUGAUGAAGCUAUAAUGGAUGUUUCUACAAACAAAACCUUUUCCCCUGUUCGUUUCACUAAGUCAUCAUCAGUCCACGAUGGAUGUGCUGCCCAGUGUGCAACUUUAGACAAUGAUGAUAAUGAAGUCGAUGAGACUGUUUUAGACAGACGUGCAGUCAAGAGUAUUCCAGAUGAUGAAAAUCAAGAGAAUAUUAAUCCAGAGAAAUCCUUAAGAUCUACAGAAGAGGCAAAAAGACAAGCGAUUCAAGAAGCUGCAGCUGUACCCAUAAAUGAGGAAAUGGAAGAGAUUGAGGAUAUUGAAUGGCAAGGUUCUGAAUGUGUCAGAGAUUUGCCAUUCCUCGGAUAUACAUAUACACCUGGAUUAGUGUUAUUUGGCAAUCUUACCAAAAAGCAGACUCCUCUGUCGAUAGCUGCUGCCAAUGUUGGUACUUCGUUCGUUGUUAAUCUAAGCACACCUCAUAAAUUUGCAUUGACUGGUCGUCGGGAUUCAUUAGCCACAUCAUUGAAGCGUAGUAUUGUCUGUUCUGAAGGAGGCCAGUCUAACGAUGCAGAAAAGAAAAAUGAUAAUGAAAUUGUCAGUCUAUCAGAACUACAACAACGUAAUCAACAGCUGUGUGAACAGAUUGAACAAUUACGACUACAAAACAAGGAAUCUGAGGAUUUACGUCAACGACUCGUUAGUGCCUUCGAUAACGGUCAUGUUCUGAAAGAAAUAAACGAAGCUGUCCGUGUUCUUUCUGAUACAGUUGUAGAAAAAGACAGAUCUACUAUUGAUCAGUUAAAUUCUCGAAUAAAACAGCUUCAUGAAGAAAAUCUUCGACUAACUGCAUCACUACAGAGCUGUCAACAAGCACAAAGUGUAGUCGAUCAAGUACAACAGGCUGUGUCUCGCCUGUCCAACUUGCCAAGUAAUUUUGCUGAAGCAGAUUUAUUGGAUUUACUAACAGCACUCUGUCCGUCAACUGUCUUCACAACAAAUGAUGCAUCAACAGAUGCUUCAUUCUUAAAUAUACCUUCGUCUACUUCAAAUUCACCAUCAGAUAAUCUUGUUGGUUACGAAAUAGUUUAUCGUCUUAUUAAUUUUGCUGUAAAACAAUUCAAGCAUGCUUCUAAUCGAGCCAACCAGUCAUGUUAUACGCUAGAAUCAACAAAUGCUGAAUUGAAAAAAGCCCUGGAUGAAUCAAAACAACAAGUGAAUCAACUAGUCGAAACAAUAGAUGGAAUAAUUGCUGAUCAACGUCAAUCUCGUGAAACUGAAAAUAAUCUGAACCGUGAAAUUAAAGUAUUGAAACAGAAACUAGAAGAUGCCAAAGAUUACCAAAGAGAUUUAAAUCAAAAGUGUUUACAAUUUGAGGAUAAAUACUUUACAGUUCGUGAUAAAUUAAGAGAUGAAGAGAAGAAAAACAAGGAAAUCAUGGAGAAACUGGAACAAGUGACUGCUGAUUCAGCUCGAAAACAGGAGAAAUCAUCCGAAAUUCAAUCCCAAUCCGACCAGCUUAAUUUACUAAUUGAACGUAAUGAACAAGUUGAACGAGAACUUGCUGCUUUAGGAAAUACUUUUAAAGAAACAAUACAACAGUAUACAGUUGAACGAACUGACCUGAGGAAACAACUAGACAGUGUUAAGACAGAAAAUGAAGAAUUACUGAAGAGUAAAAAAGCCGAAUGUUGUGAGCUUGAAGAACGAGCAGAAAAAGCUGAAAGUCAACUGAAAGGACUACGUGAUCAGAUAGCAAACAUGCAGACUGAACGUAGUCGUCUUAUCGCAGCUUCAGUAGGGAGUUCUCAGGUUGUUUAUCUAGUGUUGUUACUAUUAUCUACUACUGAUUGUUAACAUGGAUAUUUCCCAUAAUUGUAUAUGACACUAACCCUGUUAUGCAGUCAUUACGUAGGAUAGUGUUAUGUACUGCUGCUGAGUGAGUAAUUAGAGUUUUCCCCGUCGCCAAUUAUGUUAUGUACUCGUCGAGUGGUAUGAUUCGGAUUGCUUGAAGGUGAAGUUGAACCAGUCUGUUGGUUGAUAAGCAUUUCCAUCAAUUUCAUUUGUCGCUCAAGUAGUAGUUCCAAUUUAGAAGAAUCCAUAGUUUUCUCGUCGCCAUUUAUGUUAUGUACUCGUCGAAUAGUUAAUAGUCCUGAUGCGGAAAGAGGGAAAUCAUAAGAGCACCAGGUUUACGAUGAUACUUGUUUUUUCCAGACAGGAAAGUAAAUGUCGCACAAGAGUGUGAGUGAAAUGGUACGUAGUGUACGAAACGUGGGAACAAGUAUGAACAAGUAUACAAUACAAAAGCAUAUGUGAAAUUGACUAAUACACAUGAACCAAUAAAUAGAUAGUCUUAACAUGAUUGGUUGUAAUGUCAUGUAACAACAAGGUCAUACAUGUUUAUUUAGUUAGUGGACAGACAAAAGCAUAUUAUCAGUUAUAAUGAAAUAUCGAUCUAUAUAAACAUAGCAGAAUAUAAUAGACUGUCAAAAACAAAACACACAUAAUGUGGAUACAUAUCAGAUAGUAUACCAUUUCGAAGGGUAUAGCUUACUAACUCAGUGUGGUUGCUAGCUAGCUGUCUUUGAUCAUCGUUGUCUGCGUUAUAUCUCCCGUGUGAAGUUGUCUAAUGGGGUGAGCAAUAUUAAUGUUAGGCGUUGAGUGCUAGGUAAGGAAGGAGGAGAAAUCAGUCGAUGAGGCUGUGAAGCUACGUGUGUUACGAAUGCCGAGCCAUCGCCUUCCUCGACAGGCAAUGUUAGCUGACAUACAAUCGAUGAAGUUGGAAAAGAGAGAGCUAGUGAUGGUCAAACGAAAACAUGGCUUCAUCAUUCAAUGAAAUCCACAACAGUUAGUUUAAGCCAUCCAGUGAUGUAGGGAGGUGUAAACUUCCUGGUUGAAGUCCUCGGGACGGUAAAAACCAGUGAAGGCUGGAGACAAUUGGUGAUAUGGCUGAAAAUCGUUCUCACUGAUGACUGGGUCAUAUGCACCCACUCCUUGUGACUUAUAAUUUCCAAUGAAACUAUAUUGUUCUUCCAUAUAACUAUUCUUUUUGCCUCAUAUCUCUGUAUGUUAUCUCUGUUUUGAGUAUCUUCUUACUUCUUCUCUCCUGCUUUGUGUGUUACAAGGAGGGUAAUGUGGGAACUCGAGGUGGUGCACAUCAGUGCAACGUUCUACGUUGAAACCAGUUAGUCAGUCAGUCAUUUCUAGUAAUAAAUAUCUUUCCCAUAUACUAGAACAGCUUUGUUAUAAAAGGCAUUCCAUCAACACCGUAAGGGUAGGAAAUCUCCCAUCAUACUGAUGAAAGCCUGAUUUUAGUACUCAACUGUCAAGCAGUUUCAUUAUUGAAGAAAAAAAUCACAGAGAUGAACAGUUAUUUUCCGUGCUAAAAACAGUGUACGAAUAGUUUGUUGGAAUUACUCUUGUUAAGGAAACACGUUUCUAUACUCUGUUAUGCAAAGACAAGUUUUGUUAGUCAUCAAUACUUACUUGUAAUGUUUAUCUCACUGCCUACAUGAAUUCUGUGGUUUGAUGUAUACAGACAUUUUACUCUACUCAGUCUGUAUUUUUGAUGGCUUUUAAUUGAGUGUUCUGAGUAGUGGGAAACAGUACUAUUUCACAGCAAAAUAUGCUGUCACACAAGAUCGAAAAUCUACAGGCGGAUAGCGAAUAGUGGACUUCAAGUAGACAUGGAGAAGGCAGAAGUGAUGAAGAUACUUAACUAACAGCAACAAGCACCAAUCACUAUCUCAACGAGAGAAAUUUGUAGGAAGUUGCCUCUUUCACUUAUCUACGCAGUUAUCAUUUCAACUUCAGGGUUUCAAAGUCAGUCAGAACGGACAAGGCAAAAUAGAGUUUCACUACAGAAUCAGUGUGUAAAUUUAAAGAUCCGAAUUUUAAACACACUAAUGUCAUGUCAUUGCUUCUGUCAUGGUUCAGACACUUGACUCAUGCGUCUUCGAAAGCAUUUCUAGCAGGUUACUGCAGACUUUCAUCAAUAGCUAGCCACCUCCGGUGGAUGUUGAAGGCAGGUUGCUGGCCGGAAAAGUAUGAAUUGGAGGUGCUCUGAGCACACAGUUGAGCGACAUCAUCAUACACCAGGCAGUGGAAUGGAAUCUGAACGAGAAACAAGGACGAGUUGAGCGUCUUAGAGUGACAUAGAGGAGACCGUGUGAGAAGCAAAUGAAGCUUAUGAGCAAUCGUAGAGUCAGGUAAAAAGAUUGCAGAGAAAAGGAUAAAAUGGAGGUGUCCCUUUUAAAGUAUACGUUUCAUUCGGAACCCAAGGAAUGAUAAUUAAUAAAUAAUCGUUUUAUUCCUGUAAAAUGCCUAGUUUGGUCUAAUUUCCUCAUUUGACUUUCAUGCUCAAUAUGACUGAUGUAAAUUAGUUGCUUAUCUGUUAACUGUGUUGAAGUGGUUUUGAAGUUCACUUGACAGAUGUUUAUGUGACUUGAUCGUCUGUAUUUCAGUUACAUCGUCUAUUGUUAAGCAUUGUCAGUUUGAAGUCAAUGACCUCCCUAGGUUAUGAACCACACAUGUUGUGUAACGGCUGUUUGUAUUACCCAGUUGCUCGGACUCAAUUAUGUGAUAUUGGUGGAAACAAUUGGUAGUAAGUGGAGUGCUUAGCUAAUGUUGUAAGGAGAGCAGUGUGUGUCGUAGCACAGUCGCGGAAUUCUACACUAUAUGAAGUAAAGUUGUGUGUAUUCAUCCAUCCAACCUACACAAAGCAGAUAAUUUUUGUUUUUGUUUGUUUCUUCUUUUCUAUUAGGAACCUUCAGUCACAAAGCAUCGU